CGCGAUCGGUAUAUGGUGAUAAUCGAUAGACGCGAGUUGGCCGAAGUCGACGACUGUGAUUUGCUGUUCGGACUUUUAAAUUAAUGUCGUAUUAAUCUCGCCUGAAAGCUCUAGAAGGAUCUUCUUGUUUCCAGUCAUUUUUGCCAAUAUGGCAGAUCAUUGCCAAGCCACGGAUGAUGAAUUUGAUGCUGUUAAAUGGAAGGCAAUCUCCCUGACUUUCGUCGAAUAUCCCGACGAUGAUGUGAUUGGAAAACUUCUUGCCUACAUGAGCCUUGUUCCUCUUAUCAUUCUGGUUGGAUUUGUGACUUUACUUCUUUUCAGAAGAGAGCUUCACACAAUAACAUUCUUUGGUGGUAUAGUUUUGAGUGAAGGGGUUAAUUGGGUAGCAAAACACACCAUCCAGGAACCUAGACCAUGUAGAGGUGCUGAUACAUUACAUGCUGGUCUACGGACAGAGUAUGGAAUGCCAUCAAGUCAUUCACAAUUCAUGUGGUUUUUUGCUACUUACACAGUGCUAUUUAUUUAUAUAAGACUACAUCAACCGAACAGUAAUCUAUUUAUUGAGCAGGUGUGGAGGCAUAUGGCAGCCACUGGGGUUAUACUUUGUGCAUUACUAGUGUCUGGUAGCAGAGUUUAUCUGAAGUAUCACACAUUGCGACAGGUUGUAUGUGGAGGACUACUGGGAAUCCUAUUGGCUGUGCCUUGGUUUACUAUCACACAGGUGGUGCUAACACCGCUGUUUCCUUACCUGGUGUCCUGGCCUAUUUGUGAGUUUUUCCUGAUCCGUGACUCAACCCUCAUUCCCAACGUGCUCUGGUUUGAAUAUACCACUGCAAGGACAGAAGCCAGGACGAGGCAGAGGAAGCUUGGGAACAAGAUGUCAUGACGGAGCAUUUGAUUUUAAAACCCGCUGCUCCCUCUGAUCGACCUGACAGUGACUGUGUACAUUCAGCAAACAGUCCUAUUAAGCACGCAUUGGCGAUAUUCAACACUUUUAAUCUCAUUGACGAGAGAGUUGGCACUUCAUCAAUGUAUUUUAAAUAUAUAUGAGAAGUAUUUUUUAUGUAAGAGAAGAUAUCAUAUAAUAUUAUGCAUUCUCUUGAUUGAUUAUUAUCACGCAAGCAAUGAAGAAUAGACGUGUAAACUAAAGGCAACUUGUCAAUGGUCUGUCCUGCAUCCUUCAGUAGUAUACCGGUAAAGGUGAUGUGCUUUUAUAGCAGCUUUCCCGUAUUCCCCCAUUGGGUGAUUUCAAGUCUGGUGUUGGCCUUGGAGUUGGUGUUGAAAUUUGGAUUGCUUUCCCUAGCUCCAAAUCUUAUUCAGAGUUUGCAAAACUGAUCCAGAUCACAUUAUUGACAUCUCAGAAAGACAGAAACUAAGUGAGUGACUUUUCGGGACCAUCUUCAUUUUAUAUUUGGUGUUAUAAUCGUGUGAAAAUUUACCUAACACCAGAAGGUCAACACUGAACUUGAAAUCACCCAGUGUUGUGUUAAUGAUGAAGAAUGAGGAUUGGUAAUGAGAAGCUGCUCAUUAGAUUCCUGCCAGAAAGACGUAGCUCUGUGACUUUUGACGAGGUGCCUGUAGUGAUUCAGUUUAAGGGGGAAUCCAACAUAAAUAGAAAGGAAAAUGAAAAUUCAGACAAGUUGAUAAGUGGAAGUUUGAACAAUAUCGCAUAAACAAUAUUAAAGUUAUGAGUUUUUUGAAGUUAUGAAAAUUGGUAAUCGCUAUACCCAUUGAGACCUCAUAUUUGCCACAUGUGUGAUGUCAUAGUGAUGUAAGGCAAGGACUACUCUUCCACGUACUCCAAUACAUAAAGUGGCCAAAAAAGAAUGUUCAAAUUCUAUUUUUCUUUUAUCAGGACAUAAAACAAACUACCUGGGUUAUAUUUAGAUUACUGCCCCAGGGGAAUGGGUACUUAUGAGAAAACCAUAAAUCUAAGAUAAUUGAGUAGAUGGCCUAUGGGAAAGUUGUCCUUGGCCCUUGUCAUAAUUUACUCAACCAGUAGCCAAUUUGAAAUCUUUAUGGUCUGAGGGAUCUCAAAUUUAAAGCAGCCAUAACUUUCUUAUUGCUUGUCCGAUUUCUUUCAAACUUUUAUUUUUUUUUUCUUUCCAAUACAACAGUUAUAACCAAGGCUGGAUUCCCCUUUAAGGUAUCAUAUUUCUUUCCUGGUGAAACCUAGCAAAGAAGUUAUUAUUAACCCAACAUAAUAAAGUUCAUUUACAUUACUUGUUGCUAUAGCUUGUAGACUUCAGGCAAGCCUUCUGAAUGCCCAUGGUAUGACAUAAAAAUAUUUUGUAGAAUAAAAAAGUAAAUUAUUGAAAGUUGAUCAUUGAAAAAUGAAUUUAAAAAAAUCAUUGGAUUUUUUUUCCAUGAUGAUCAAUUCUUUGAAAGGCUGUUCGUACAGUACAGUGCUUGCCAUACAUCAAAUUUGAGGUUUGUGAAGCCAUGCUUAACAAAGUGCUUUAUGAGCAUCGCCCCCCCCCCCUUAACUGGGUUUUCAGCAAUUUAUUUUAUUUUAUGGCUUUUAAAGAAGGUCACAAUUUCAAAUACAUGUAUCAUGUAUUUGAAAAAACUUGAUAUGAAACAAGGGUUUUGCGUGGAUCAGGGCUUUGGCUUCAAAUUCGUUCUGAUUUAUUAGUUUGAAACCAAUAUAUGUGAGAAGCAAAAUUGAGAUAAUUAUGCUGUGCACAUGGGCUAGUAAUAGCUGACUUAAGGUUUACUUGUUAAACCACACUCUUAUGAAGUGCCGGUUUUCAACUAAUUCUCCUAGUACAGGGGUCAGUUGCAAACAGAAGCAAAUGAGAAGCAAAAGUUUAAAAGAAAUGGAGAAAGAAUUAUAUUCUUGAAAGUGAUGCAGUUUGGGUUUUACGAAUCAACCAAAUCCAAGAUUAUACUGGGCAGCGCACACAAUUGUUCAGCACAUGAAAUGAAUAGCUUUCAAUUUUUAAUUGAAAUUGUGUGAUGAGAUUGUACUUAAAAUAAGAUUCUUUUCAUGCUUAAGUAUGAAUAGUGUGUUGAAAGAACAAAUUGAUUGAUUGAUUUAUGAAAAGUAUUGUACCGUUACUUGCAAGUGGGCAGUGUUGCAGAAAUGCAUCAAUUGCUAUGAGGUUGAUUUCAAUAAAGAUAUCGUACACUGCUGAGGCUUGUGUUGUAAAGAGUUACAAAAAUGGUACAUGUAGGACACUGUACUUAUUACAAUCCUAUAAACUAGUUUACUGGAAACCGAUUCAGGAAACCAGUUUAGACCAGUUUGCUAGCAUUCCCAUUUGAUCACUCCAAAGUGAUUUUCAAAACCACUUCACGGUCGCUUCGCGGAAAGAGAUCUUGUUGCUAUGGGUACGCUCUCAGUUUCGUGCAAAAUUUGGAAAGCGCAGGGUAGACAUGUGCAAAGAUCGCUUCCCAAGGAACAGUUGUGUCCUCACUUCUCUAAUAGGCUAUAAAUUUUAAUAAGGCAAAGUGAUCUUGAUAAUUACAUUGCGAGGUGGUCUUCCGAACCGGAUUUGGAAAAUGGCAUCCAAGAUCGCUUUGACCGUUCUCAUCACAUGUUAAACUAGUUUUAGGACGGUAAUGAGAACGGGGUCUAACUUUGCCAUUAUGGCAUCUACCAUCGUGGCAGGGCUCAGCAGCCAAUUGCAAUCAAGGCUUUUCAUUCAUAGAUUGGAGUGGGCUACAUAUCACUACACAUCACUAUACGCAUUGCAAAUUGACCUUUCAGCUGUUGCUGCUGGUCAAUCUUCAUUUACCAAUAAACAAGUAAUAAGUGAAUUGCUGCAGGUCAGCUUAUGGCUGCUGCUAUGUCAGAAUGCCUUGAGCAAAACUUUGAAAGUGGUUCUUGGAAUGCACAUGUUCUCUCAGUAUUUUUACAAGCUCUAGACUAGAGUGAGAUUACUCUAUUGUAACAGUGCAUACAAUAACUGGUGCUAUGUAGGAGAAGCUUGAGGCAAUACUUUUGGGGAAUGAUUAUUUGCUUUAUUCAUGGUCAUGCGAAGAGGAUUGACCAUUGAUUUAUUGUGUUGAUGAAGGAAGAUGAACGUGGAAAACUAUAUCUUGUAUGAAAAAGAAAUGAAGCUCUAGAGUUAUGGGUUGGUUUCAACGUACAUAUGUAUCAGAAAUUGGUAUGGAAAGCCAUCUGCGAUUGAUUGCUUCAGGUAAUCUGGAUUGUGUAUCAGGGUUUGUAAACUGAUUUUAAAACAGAACAAAAAGCAAGACCUUGGAGAAGGUUAGGGGCACUGUUUCAUUAAAUUUGUUAUGUUUCUAUGUGAUUAACAAGAAAUUUAUGGCUGCUUUGUGAAAUGCGCCGCUGUAAGAUGGAUAACCAACCAGUUGAAAUGCUCCCCAGGGAGAGGAGAAUGAACGUGCAUCGUAUAAUUGCUGGUGAGACUGAUGGAAUCCUAUGAGUUGGUUAAUAAUAUGGGGUGCUUAGAUACUGGAAAUUGGCAUGGAUGGGUAUGAAAUGCCAUUUAAGUCAAGUGGCUAUGGAAGGAUGAUAGACGAUGAUUCAGAGCAGUUAAAUGCUGUUUUCAUAGUACCCGUUCUCAUAAAUCUUGUUAUGAAUGAAAACUGCAAAUGCUAUGUUUAGCUACCCUUA